AUGCAUUUCUCCGCCUUGGUACUUGCCCUCACGAUGGCCGCCGGGUCAGUCUCUGGAGUGACUAUUCGUAACUUCAGGAGCGCAUCAUGCAAGGGAACCUACUACAGACAAUGUAGCGGUAUCUUACCUUGGCAGUGCUGCUCUGGUGGCCCAACCAGCAACGGGGUAGUCUCCUCGGCAGAAUUCAUAGGGGUUCCUCCUACCGCUCUCGGAUCUAUCUGCAAAGCGAAAGGCGCCACUAAUUGCGGUGAAGUCGCUCGCUCUGCUUCCGGCUCGCGAUUCUGUAUCGGCGCAGCCAACUGCCGAGGAUCUUUCUGGAUGGACUGCAACUACUGCAACAAGCGUGAUCUCACGAGCCGAGACGCGAUCCCCCAGGAGCUCCAAGGGGCUAGUGCAGAGAAUUCUGUUGAACCCGACACCAUUGCUUUUGAAGAUCACCAGUUCAAAUACGACAGUUCAGUCCCUGCAGACGUGAAGCAAAAGUUUGACGACUUGUUUGACACCGACGCCAGCUACGCGGAUAUUCCCGAGGAACUCAAGCAAUACGAACUCAAGGGCAGCGAGCGCAGGGGGCUUGAUGACCUGGAAGAGUUGGAAGCAACUGGGCUGUUUGAGUAA